AUGUCCGUCCUAGCCUUGAAGGCCCUGAGCUACGGUGCAGAGCAAAUUCCAGAUAAAUUCUUCGAGAAAAUCCCAGGCGGCUUCUUCACCCCACAAGAGAGCAGGGACAUCAAGCAAGGUCGCAAGGAUCGCAAAGAUCGCAAAGGCGAACGAGAUAGAGAACGUCGCAGGAGCGAAGAUCGAUCCGAGAGACGACCUUCUCGCCGAGAGGGCACCUUGUCAACCCAUUUGUCUUAUGACAGCGCAAACGACGAUAGCAGUGACAGUGACAACAGGCGACAACGUGAGCGAAGGAAGAAAGAAGGCAAGCGGGCAAAAAGCGCUGGGAGAUCUCCUAGUAUCAGUUCGAGUCGAGCAAGGGACGAUAGGCGUAGCAGUGGCUUGGACGGAGAAUAUAGCGAUUCUAGAAACAUGGCUCAACCAGAGCAAGGAGUGCCCUACUUUCCGCCCCCGCCAACCUCCGAGUACAAGCCAUAUAAUCCACAGGAUCACUCGUAUCCGCCAGUGCAGAAUGGACACAGGUCUUCAUCGGCUAUCCCUGCAUAUGGCUACUCGUCAAAGGUAAACUCCCACUUUUCAGAUUUUCGUAACCGCUGUUCAGCACUUCCGUCGACACCUGAACAUCCAACACCGGUCAACUCUUGUCCACCGCUGCAGAUGAACAGGCCGCCUUUGGGCGCGUCGACUCUACCGUUCUUCCCGCCCCCUUUGCUUCACAACCUCUCCAGCGGUACUCCAGUAUCUGCGGCGUUUUCUCCUUCCUAUGAACCGCCUCUUGCGGCUUUGCUUCAGAGCCCGCCUACUAAUUCUUCAAAGUCAGCUGCAGCGCGAGCCUAUCCUGCACAGCCAUCAUCUGCACAGCAUGAAGCGUCCCGAUCUGCCGCAUCGCGCUACACUCCUGGACCUGGAUAUGCGCCAUCGUCUCCGAUGAAUUUUGCUCAUCGACCCCCAACUGCAGAUGCGAAUGAGUCCUCCUACAGCCCCUACACCCUGUCCGACUACCCUCCUGGCAUGACUGGCUAUGCGGGUAGCACUUACUCAUUACCACCGCCUUUCCAACGCCACCGAUCUAGCUCUCAACCUGCUCAUGCACCCGGCGGAAAUCUUCCUUAUCCGACCUACGUUCCCCCUUCUGCCGACCAGCAGGUCAUGACCGCGUACGACCAACCACCCAGCCGUCGUAGCAGUACAAAGCCUGAUCGUGAAUAUCGACACAGGGCAAUGUCUGCAGACUCCCGUUCCCGUUCCAGCAAAGAAUACCGUCGAGAGAGUUCACGCAUGGGCAAGGUGCGGGAGAGGCUCGAUGGUAUGGAUUUGCAUGAGAAGGGUCUGGCAGCGACGGUAGGAGGCGCAGCGGCAGGUGCGAUCGGAGGACGUGCCAUUGCCGACAAGCGGUCGAAAAGUCGAGGCGAACAGCGGACCCAGUCUCGCACUCGGUCUCGGUCACGUGCCCGGGACCAUGACAGAGAGCGUGGCAAAGACAUUGGUCUCCAUGCUCGGAGCCGUAGUGUGACUGAUCGCUUCCGCUCAAAAUCUCGGGGGCCGGAUGACCGAGAUAGCCGCGCUUCUAGGCGCGAUCGCCGGCCCGAUCGUGGAUAUGAGGACGGCGAUGAGUAUGAGUACUUCAGUAGCGAGUCUGAAGGUGAUGGAUCCCCUGUGCAAACGAGAAGGCGCAGGCGGAGGAGGAGGAGAGAGGAUUGA